CACGGAGAGCUCGGCUUGGCUGGAGGCUACCAGAGCUGCUGGUCAACGAUCAUUGAUCCACGAGAGCUGUCAAACGUCGGACGAUGUUCUUGGCGUGACGUCGCACUCUGUGCACCGCGCGCGUCGUCCUCUGGAGUUGAAGCUGCACUCGAGUCCCGGAGUCUUCGUCUUUCGCGGCAGAUGAUGCGCGAAUCAGUGAAGAGUCGUGCGUGAAGCAGUGAAUUAUUAUCGAAACUUCCAAACUCGAAGAGAUCGCGAGUCCCAAGCAAUCGUCAGUGCUAGUCGACGCAUAACGUGCCCGAUCGACCGAGAAUGACAGUAAUAAGCAUGACGUCGCCGAUGACGCCCGCCUCGACCAGUCCGGAUUCGCCAGACGAGGCCCAGGCGCCGCAGGCAACCUCCAAACCGACUCAUCGAUUGAGCUUCUCGGUCGCCGCUCUGUUAGCGGACACCAGGAAAACGUCGGAGUCCACGGCGAGGCAGGACGCUCUUCUAACGUCACCCAGGUCAUCACCGGUCUCGUACUCGCCGGUUCGACAGGAGCCUCGCAUCGUUGUGAAUCCUGCGCUGGCGAAGCAACCCUGCGACUUCAAAGCUGCCAGAUACGCCAGCCCGUCGCCCAACCCGAAUCAGGAAGUCAGGCUGACUCGCUGUGCGUCUCCUCACGACACCUCGGACUCCCGAACACCGCCGAGGUAUCCCGAAAUGAUCGACUUCGCCUGCAGCAUCGAGUCGCCCAACAAACGAUCAACAUCGGGAAGCAUAGACUAUCGCAUACAUCCAUCCACCGACAUCAGGACCACUCCAGAGCCCGUGGUGGGCUGUUCCUCGUCUCCGAAGAUCAUCGGUAGUCACCAAGACGUCGGCUCGCAGUCACCCAGAAGCAGUUCUCACGGCGAGGUGCGCUCGAGAUGUUCGGAAACGGACGAGGUCGAGGACGAUGACGAGGACAGGCUAGUGGACGUCGAGGACCUUCAUCAGCAUCAUGCGAGCAGCCCGACUCCUGUCAGACCUACCCCGGCAUACCUCGGCGGUUUCUCUACUCUUGGCGGCAUCCCCGGAAUCCCGCCUAGCCUUCACCCCGCCGUAUGGGGCGGCGGACACCAGAAUGUAGCUACAGCCGCUGCGUUCUUUCCUUCUCACUUCUCUCAUCAUGCUCCUUUGAAUGAGAAUGGCGAGCCGGCCAAGCUUAAGUGCAACCUGAGGAAGCACAAGCCUAACCGAAAGCCCAGGACGCCCUUCACGACUCAGCAGUUGCUGGCCCUCGAGAAGAAGUUCAGGGAGAGGCAGUACUUGAGCGUCGCCGAGAGAGCGGAGUUCUCGUCGUCGUUGCACCUCACGGAGACGCAGGUGAAGAUCUGGUUUCAGAACCGACGCGCCAAGGCGAAGCGUCUGCAAGAGGCGGAACUGGAGAAGCUGAGGAUGUCGGCCGUGAGGCAACAUCACACGGCGCUUUACGGCUCGCAUCCAGGUAUCCUGACGACCGCUGCCCUCUAUCCCGUAGGAAUGCUGUCGCAUCCCGGUUUGGUAGCUCACCACGCGAUCACCCAGCAUCCCUCGAGAGAAUGAGAACACUAACGUCCGAACGGCAGUUGGGACUAAUAGUCGACAGUUAGCCGACAUCAGUUGAGCAUCAGCUGGAUGAAAUGGACAGCUGGAUGUCCUGUCAUCGGGCAUCACAACUGAGAAAUGACUUCGCCUACGCGGAAACGGCAGAUUCAAGAAUCUCCAGCGACUGAUGAUGGAAUCAUCGUCAAAUGCUUUAGAGCGGAAAAAACAUUGCUAUUUGUCAACUUCACGUUUGCCAGUAUUAGUUUCGGAAAGAAAGCGCAGGCACUGCAUUGAGAGUUUUUCCACUUGCGUUUAUGAAGGCUAGAAGUUGUUGUAAAUAGAUUGUAAAUAUUACUGAUACACCGCGUGAAGCGCUUUGUACAUAGAUACCUAGUGAACUAUUGGAGAAAUGGGAGGGUUGCGUCUAUAUGAGUGCAAAUAAUGAAACGAACGAAUCUCGCGAUACUUCGGGGCAGAUUCUUUUUCCAGUUUUGUAUAAAUGUAAACAAAGCAAAGGUAUGAUGAUUAGAAGAGCUUAUUUAAUAAAUUGUAUUAUCGUAA